AUGUGGAACGACGAGGAUAACAAUCCCUACGGGAGCAGCUUUGAUCGGAGGGACUCGUUUGAGUCGUCCGUAGCUCCAUCGUCUCCGGAUAGCCAUGCCCGAUACAGUGCGCCUUCCACCGACGAUGAGCCGGAUAUCAUUCCGAGCUAUGGCAAGUCCUCGAGCGACGACGAUAGUGAUGAGGAAGUGGCGGCAGAAGCCCCCAGUGGACUGCAGCCCAGGCGGAAGCCUGGCGGUUAUGACAGCCGCGUCGAACAGAUUCUCUACGAAAACCCCGAAACCCCCAUUUUGAUUGUAGAUGCUGGAAAGAGCCCGGAAAACAACGGACGCUUUAUUGUGUAUACGAUCCGGACAGGGGAUCUCGAAGUUCGAAGGCGAUACUCGGAGUUUGCCUCUCUGCGCGAGGCUUUGACGCGACUGCACCCGACCCUCAUCAUUCCCCCAAUACCUGAAAAGCACACUAUGGCCGACUACGCGGCAAAUCCGACGAAUGCGAAACAGGAUCAGCAGAUCAUCGAUCUACGGAAGCGCAUGCUUGCAGUCUUUCUCAACCGCUGUCGGCGGAUGGAACAGAUUCGCAUGGACGGCGUCUGGUGGCGCUUCCUCGACCCCAACGCCAGCUGGAACGAGGUACUGCACUCACAUCCCAUUGCAUCGAUUCCCAAGUCGAUUUUGAAAGCACCACCGUUAGAUCCGGCAAACCCAACGCCAGCACAUGCCUACCUACCGAUACCAGCCAACUCGGCCAGGCUCAGGGUCCCGGCAGGGAUCAGUGUACCUUCUAGCGACGAUGCCGUCUCACGGUUUCCUCCAGAGUCGGCGCAACUCAGCGAACAGGAGCUUGACCCUUACUUUACGUCCUACGAGGCCUCGAGCAAAGAGCUCGAGCAGCUGCUGACAGGACCGAUGGAGAAGGUAAACCGGCGCACGCUCAGCCACCUGUCAACUCUUGCCUCGGACCUGGCCGAGCUCGGCGCUCGGUACAAUGCGUUUGCACUCUCGGAACAAGCACCAACGCUAGGACCGGCUAUCGAGCGAGUGGGACAGGCAGUGGACUCGUCAUACAUUGCGACCGAAGAGCUCGCAACGUCUCUCGGAGCCAGCUUUGCAGAGCCAAUGCGUGAGCAUGCUCAGUUUGCGGGAGUUGUGCGCACGGUGCUUCGGUACAGGAUUCUGAAGCGGGUGCAGCAAGAGAUGACCGACGAGGAUCUCAUGAAAAAGCGGGCGCUGUUGGAGCAGCUGGAGCGGAGCGAGGCAGAGGCGCGGCGCAUCGACCAAUACCUCAGCAACAGCCAGCAGAUCCAGCCACCACGGCGGUCAAACAGUGCACGGGAUCCUUCGAGCGGGGGGCGGCACCAUAGGGAUGGCAGCCAGGAGGAUACGGCAUCGAUCGACUCUGACUUCCCGCCGACACAUGGCGACUAUUCAUCUGUACCGUCGGCUAAGAACGGACCGCCAGAGCGCAGUGUGCCGACGCAAGGCCACAGGAAGAUGCCAAGCAGCAGCUCAAUCACCAACAAGAUAUUCGGGCCGCUGCGACAUGCUGUGCAAGGCGUUGUGGACGUGGACCCGGAGAGAACGCGGCGGGACACGAUCACGAAAACGCGGGAGUCGAUUGCGCAUUUGGAGCAGGCACAAGUAGCGUCUGCUCAAGACGUCAAGGAUGCCAGCACGAGCGUGUUGCACGACCUGAAGCGGUUCCAGCUCGAGAAGGAGGACGAUCUGAAGCGGUACAUGAUUGCCUACGCGAAAAGCCAGAUUGAGUGGGCGAAAGAGAACAAGGAGACAUGGGAAGAGGCACGGGCAGAAAUCAACAAGAUCGAUGAGUCCUCUACUUUGGCGUUCUUCUUCCUCACCGAAGCGGUGAUACAAUCCGGUGUCAACGAUAGAAAGAAGCACUACCUAAUUUUCAACCCAUCGACGGAUUCCGGGAACUCCUCGUGUCUCUACGACAAAGCUGCCCCCUUUGGGUCCUCUGACCAAGCGAACGUCUCUCCCUCCGGUCCUAUGCCGGCUCUGGGGGCGAUCUCGACAGCGGCCGACAGCGGCGAGCCUGAGCGGCCGACGCUGCCGGGCGUAGAUACGUCCCAUGGUGGCAACGACCAGGACGACGACCGCGAUGGUGGCGAGCACUCGCCGCUGCUGUCUGCCGAGCCGUCGGCCGACGUGGACGCGAGCCGGGUGUCCGAGGCGACGGGCGGUCUGCGGCACCACCACCACUUCGGUCACGGGUCGUCGGCCGACGAGGCUGCUGCUGACGAGGACGAAGCCCAGCGACAGCGAACGCGGUCGGUCUGGUACCUGAUGCUGCUGACGCUCAGCAUCGGCGGGCUGCAGAUUGCCUGGUCGGUCGAGCUGUCGAACGGAUCGCCCUUUUUGCUCUCGCUCGGCCUGAGCAAGUCGCUCAUGGCACUCGUCUGGAUCGCUGGCCCGCUGACCGGCACGCUCGUGCAGCCGUAUGUCGGCAUGCUCAGCGACAGCUGUCGCGUUCCGUGGGGCAAGCGGAAGCCGUUCAUGCUGGGCGGCGCGGCUGCUACGAUCGUGUCGCUCAUGUGCCUCGCCUGGACGCGCGAGGUCGUCGCCGGCACGCUGCACGGCGUCUUCGGCGCUGAUCCCACGUCGGGUGGCGUCCGCACGGCCAUCAUCAUCGUCGCCGUCUUCUGGGUCUACGUGCUCGACUUUGCCAUCAACACGGUCCAAGCAGCCAUCCGGGCCUUCAUCGUCGACUGUGCUCCAGCCCAUCAGCAAGAGGCUGCCAACGCUAUGGCCAGCCGCAUGACUGGACUCGGGAACAUCAUCGGCUAUGUGGCAGGCUAUGCAAACCUACCCACGUUCCUCUGGUGGCUCGGUGACACGCAGUUCAAAGACCUAUGUGCCAUUGCCAGCGUUGCACUCGGCUCAACCAUCCUCAUCAGCUGUCUUCUCAUCCACGAGCGGGACCCUCGUCUCGACGGUCCGCCAUCUGCCUCAGCCAGCCACCGACAUGGAGUCGUUUCAUUCUUCAAGCAGAUAUUUGUCUCCAUCCGCCGCCUGCCGCCCCAGAUCAAGCGGGUCUGCACCGUGCAGUUCUGCGCCUGGGUCGGCUUCUUUCCCAUGCUCUUUUAUACGUCCUCAUACAUUGGCGAGAUCUACGUCGAGCCCUUCUUGCAGGAUAAUCCUCAUAUGACACCCGAACAAUUGGAUCGGCUCUACGAAGAGGCCACCCGCGUCGGCACAUUUGCGCUGCUUGUGUAUUCCAUCACGAGCUUGUGCACAAACGUGUUUCUUCCCUUUUUUAUCGCGCCAACAUACGACACCCGUCCUGUCGUCGGAGAUCAGCAGCGACAACUGGCGGCUCUGGUUUCCGAUGCAAGCAUCUUCUCUACCCCGAAGUCGUGGCUCGACUACCUUGUCAUCCCGGGCUUGACUCUGCGCCGCGCCUGGAUGCUGUCGCUUCUCCUCUUCUCUGGGAGCAUGUCCUGCACCGUGCUGGUGCAUAGCGUGGCGGCGGCUACUGCGCUCAUCGGCCUCGUCGGCAUCACUUGGGCCUUGACGCUGUGGGCGCCUUGGGCUAUUAUCAGUGCAGAGAUCAGCCGCCGGGAUGUGCGGAUGCGGGCACAGAAGCAGCAGAAGCAGCAGCAGACGCUGGCAGAACAUGCAAACGGAGACGACUUCGUUGGCAAUGGACCCAGUGACGAGGAAAGCGGCAACGAGGAGGAGGAGGUUGACCAGGCUGGUGUCAUCCUCGGCAUUCACAACAUGGCCAUCGCAGCGCCGCAGAUGAUCGCCACCGUGGGAUCCAGCAUCAUCUUCAAGUUCCUGCAAAAGCCGCGUGGCACGCCCGGCGAUCACAGCAUCGCCGUGGUUAUGGCGCUGGGCGGAAUCACUGUGCUCGUAGCGGCCUUUUUCGUUCACCGCAUCGAGGACGAGCCCACAGACCUGCUGUCUGGACAGGCGGCGUACAGCAACCUGCCCGUUGAUGACGGCGAGGACGAAUAUCUGGCACAAGAGGACGCCUCUGACGUGUCGGCGGACAGAUGUCCUAGUCGACGGCAGAGCAGCGAGCAGUUGACGCGGGAGAGUCAAGACCGAGCAGCGCUGGCACGCGGGUCGAGCUACAGCGGGGGUCUAGAAUACUGA